AGCCAUUGAAUAUGCCUGCUGACACUUCUUCAGUUUCUGACCAAACCGUGUGUGUCACUGGCGCUGGUGGGUUCAUAGCUUCUUGGCUCGUCAAAGCUCUCUUAGAGAAAGGCUACACUGUCAAAGGAACCGUGAGAAACCCAGAUGAUCCGAAGAAUGGUCACUUGAAAGAGUUGGUAGGAGCAAGGGAGAGGCUAACUCUGCAUAAAGUUGAUCUUCUUGAUGUUGAGUCUAUUAAAGAUGUUGUUAAUGGUUGUCAUGGUGUCUUCCACACGGCCUCACCUGUCACUGAUAACCCCGAAGAAAUGUUGGAGCCAGCAGUGAAUGGAGCCAAGAAUGUGAUAAAAGCAGCUGCAGAAGCAAAAGUGAGACGCGUGGUGUUCACUUCAUCAAUUGGCACAGUGUAUAUGGACCCCAAUAGGAGUAGGGAUGUGGUGGUUGAUGAGUCAUGCUGGAGUGAUUUGGAGUACUGCAAGACCACCAAGAACUGGUAUUGUUAUGGGAAGACCGUGGCUGAACAAGAAGCAUGGGAUUUAGCAAAAGAGAAAGAGGUGGACUUGGUUGUGAUGAACCCAGUUUUGGUUCUAGGACCAUUGCUACAACCUACCAUUAAUGCUAGUACAAUUCACAUCCUCAAGUACCUUACUGGCUCUGCUAAGACUUUUGUAAAUGCAACUCAGUCUUAUGUAGAUGUUAGGGAUGCAGCAUUAGCUCACAUUCUUGUUUACGAGACACCUUCUGCUUCUGGUCGAUACAUAUGUUCUGAAAGUUCUUUGCAUCGUGGUGAGCUAGUUGAAAUUCUAGCCAAGUACUUCCCCGAGUACCCUAUUCCUACCAAAUGUUCAGAUGAAAAGAACCCAAGAGUGAAACCCUAUGUGUUUUCAAAUAAAAAGCUUAAAGAUUUGGGAUUGGAAUUCACCCCAGUGAAGCAGUGUCUCUAUGAGACCGUCAAGAGUCUACAAGAGAAAGGACACCUUCCUGUCCCCACAAAGCAAGAAGACUAA